AUGAACGAUCAGCCUAAGAAUGAAGUCCUAAGUAGAAACGAACUGUUAUCUGAACAACUUUCAAAGUUGAUGAAAGCCCAAAACACUCGCAUGGAGCUAUAUAAAGAGUUCGACAUUGCUUUUAAAGACUACAUGAGCGGCAAAUGCCCUGCAGAUCAAUACCACUCUAUCUGUAAAAUCGUUACUGAGGGAUUUCAAGACGUGUCCUCGGAAGUGCAAUCUAUUGAAAAGGAUAUGUCUGAUGAAGUGAUAUCUGGAAUGAUAAGAGCUUUACAAACAGCCGAAAAAGAUAGAUUGGAAAAGACAGCUAAACUUCAAAUAUUAAUGAUUGAAGCAAAAGAAUCUGAUAAGGAUUAUGAUGAAACGAUCAAAGAACAGAAAGAAAAAUUGAAUGAAGCAACUGAUAAAGUCCUAGAAAUCUUUGAUGAACUCCGUGAAGAGUUACAUGGCGUAUCCUCGCUUAUUUGUUAA